UUUUUUUUUUGUUAAAUGUCUCUGGAAUUGGACCGUCUUUCCGUUACAUCAAUGUUUCAUACAAAGUAUUUACUCUGUGUAGUUUAUUGUUUUGUGGUUAGUGGUGUUACAGCUAAUAUAAAUAGCUUGAAUAAUGAUGACGGCAUCUACAGCGAAUGUAUUAACUAUGGAGAUUUUGCAAUUACAUUCGACGAUGGCCCAUCAAGCAAUACUGAAGCUGUUUUAGAUGUGCUCAAAGCAAAAGGCGUGCAUGCAACAUUUUUCAUUAACGGUGAUAACUUUGAAAGCAUCGACGAUCAAGCAACGCGUAACAAAAUGAAACGGAUUGUCGAAGAAGGUCAUCAACUCGGAAGUCACACCUGGUCUCACGCCGACCUAACGGCUCUAAGUUCGGAGGCCAUUCGAAGUGAAAUGUUAGAUCUUGAGAGUAAGGUCGAAGAGCUGCUAGGGUUUAAGAUGUCAAUAAUGAGGCCGCCGUACGGUAGAUUUAAUGAUACUGUGAUGGAUAUCAUUCGUGGUGAACUGAAUUAUUCGGUCAUCAUUUGGAACUUGGAUACAAAUGACUGGUCGAACCUAGCUAAUUGGAACAUUAGCUUUCAAGCAUAUGUAGACGCAACCGAGUACGACACCAAUCUUAACUCUAGUUUCAUUGCGCUUCAUCAUGACUUUGCAGAUGGUAGUGCGGAGCUAGCAGCACAUGCUAUUGAUUACGUUCUAGACAAAGGAUUUAAGCUAGUCACAAUUUCGGAAUGCCUAGGAAUACCUAACGAUAACAGCGGUGUAAAUUGCUCUGCAAGUCAUUCUGUGUACCUCAUAAUGUUGUUAUGUAUUUGCUUUAUUGUAAAGAUUUAAAAA